AUGGAGAGUCAACCUCAAGAUGUGACAACAAGCCUUGUACAUGUGUUGAUUUUGUUUCAUGUCUAUUUUCUUUUGAGCUUUACUAAAAUAUUUCACUUAUUCUUGUCAAUAUCUAAACCUAAGCUGCAUCAACAAUACAAACAACAUACUUUUAGAUUACAGGCAGCUUCAGCUAUACUAAAUAUUUUUGACAGCAUCAUUUAAGUGUGUGUGGUUCCUAUUGCAAGUGCAGCUUUGGGUUUUGUAUCUUAUGUUACUAAAUUUAUUAGUCAUUGUUAAAUAUAUCGAACUGAUGUCCUGCUAAUUUCCAGAUACAGGAGAUUUGUAAGAUAUUUAGCUUAGCCCUCAAAUAGUUACGUAAAAUAUAGAUUACGUUGUCACUAGCUUAAAUUAUGCGCACUAACUUCUGGAGUAUAGCUUUGACAACAACAUUGAUGAGGGUAGGGCAUGCCCAACAAUCAUUAAUACGUAACUGCCUUGAGGAAGAUCAUUUUUCAUCUAUAUUUAUGUCAGGUAUUUUGAUGAUGAUCUCUGCAAAAUUGAAAACGUGUGUGUUCCAGUUUGUGUUUGUGGAUCAAAAUACUGGCCUUCUAGCUAUAAGCACCUCUGAAGAGCUAUUCAGAGAAAUCCA